CUCUGAUCCGGACACAGGCAAGAAUUUAAAAAGUAGCGAAGAUCCUGAUCAUCAGUCAAUGCUGGACUGAGGAUAGUGUGGUGGGGGAUUUGAUGGGCCAGCCUCAGCCAUGGCUCAUGGGAGGAAGUCAGAGAAGAUCACUAGAAUCCUGGGGCCCAGCCCUCCAUCCUGCCCUGGCCAUGCUGGAUUCAUAGAGAAAAAGCCAGGGACUAUUAGGAGAAUAUUGGCCACCAGCCCUCCACCCUGCCCUGGACCCACAGGAUCCACAGAAGAGUCUAAUGAAGGACCUCAUAAUGAAGGACCUCAGAAAGAAAGACCACAGAGUUUGAGAAGUAAGGGCCCUUCGCCCUGCCUUGGCCCCUUAUCCACAGGGGAGCCUACUGAUGAAGGACUGAUGAGCCUACUGAUGAGUCUGAGCAGCAAAGGCCCAACUGAAGAACCUCAUAAUGGGCCUCGGAGUCUGAAGAGUGAGGACCAUCCUCAGCACUCUCAGAGCACCUGCAUUGAGGAGCUGGACAAUAACAAUGACGAGAGGACCCCUGGGCCUGCAGCACCUGUCCCUGUCCCUGCUAGUGCAACACAGGCCCACCCAAACCAAGCCUACAGCCACCUGACUCAGGCCCAGAACUACCCUCGGCAGUCAGAUGCCCAGGCCCAUCCCCGACACCCACAGCAGCAUUGCAGAGAGAGUCCAAACAGCCCCAGCACCAGGCCCACCUCUGACUCCCCAUCCAGUCAGGAGAGCAAGCCCAGGACUGUUGAACCACCACCUGUCCUUACCAGUGCCAAUCCUAACCAGCCGUAUCUGAUUAGUCCCUCCGGUUCACCUCUUCCUGCCCCUGCUACAGCUAGUGUCUCCUCUGAGCCCCCGCUGAACCAGCCCGGUGACACCAUCAUCCCUGACAGCAUGGAUGAGGAGGAAGAGGAGGAGGAGGACAGCUGCUCAGAGUAUGACAACGUGGGUUCGGACGUGGAGGGUGUGGAGCAAGACAUUGAUCAGGUACUACAGGUGGAAGACCAGAGUAUGCAGGUGAGGUACUACAAACACUAUCCUGAGCCUCAGGAUGGAAGUUAUGUAGAUAGUAAGGAUGGCAUCUAUGUGGAACACCAAGACAGAACCUACGCGGAACACCAAGACAGAACCUACGCGGAACACCAAGACAGAACCUACGUGGAAUGUGAAGACAGAACCUAUGUGGAACACCAAGACAGAACCUACGUGGAAUGUGAAGACAGAACCUAUGCGGAACACCAAGACAGAACCUAUGCGGAACACCAAGACAGAACCUACGCGGAACACCAAGACAGAACCUAUGCGGAACGCCAAGACAGAACCUAUGCGGAACACCAAGACAGAACCUACGCGGAACACCAAGACAGAACCUAUGCGGAACACCAAGACAGGACCUACGUGGAAUGUGAAGACAGAACUUACAUAGAACACAAAGACAGAACCUACGUGGAAUGUGAAGACAGAACUUACAUAGAACACCAAGACAGAACCUACGUGGAAUGUGAAGACGGAACUUACAUAGAACACCAAGACAGAACCUACGUGGAAUGUGAAGACAGAACUUACAUAGAACACGAAGACAGAACCUACGUGGAACACCAAGACAGAACCUACGUGGAACACCAAGACAGAACCUACGUGGAAUGUGAGGAUGAUACCUAUUGCCCCAAGGAUGACUCCAAUGUAGAAGGUCAGGAUGGCACCUAUGUGGAGGGUAGUGUGGAGGGGAACAGCCUGGAGGGGGAUGGGAGCAGCACUGGACAAUGCAAACACACCAGGUUACUGUACAGACCUGAGUCUGAGGAAAUGCUUAUGUAUAAUGAAAGACUAGAGACAGAUACAAAUCCCUGUAUCUCAUCUGAGCAUCAGUUCAGUGACAAUCCAUGUCAUGCCCCCAAGGCUGGAGACGAGGAGGAGAAAGGGAAUGUGGAGGUGCAAGAGGAGGAGGUGGAGGGGCAGGAUGAAGUGGAGGGGCAGAAGGGGCAGGAGCAGGUGGAGGGGCAGAAGGGGGAGGAGGAGAGGAGGAUUCUGAGGAGACAGAGGACAGAGAGCAGGAGAAAACACCCAGCAGCCACCAGGAGAAAUAUGGGGAGAGGAUAA